ACUGCUUCCCUCAUCAACCCUCAUCAACCCUCAACCACCCAUGUCCUUCCCGACGGCGAGCCUUGUGCAAUCUCUCUCUGACAACGCUGCCGUCAGCCCCAGGGGUUUCCUGCCCCUGUGGGGCUCAGCCCCACGCAUCGGGGGCUGCAGCAUCCGUUCGGCCCAACAGCCAGCCCCACGCAAGGAAGGGGCAUGGCCGGAGCCAGGGCCACGCUUCUCUGCUGCGUGCUGCUAGCGGCAGCGCGGGGUCUGUGUCUCUGCUGCAGCAUCAAGCUGCUGGAGGGGCUGAAGGACCAGUCCUUCUCCUUCCCGGCCCUGCAAGACGAGUCUGUGGACAUUGUGCGGGUCACCUGGAGGUUCCAGGGGUCCCACAUCGCUGAGAUCAAGCCCAGGGAGAAGACGUCCACCAUCAACUACCUGCCCAACUUCUAUGGCCGGCUGGUCAUCCACCCCAGCAACCUGUCACUGGAGAUCAGACCGCUGCAGCUGGCGGACAGCGGGAGUUACGUGGUGGUGAUGGACACCUUGUCUGAUCCCACCAACCCGAAGACCUUUUCCUACUUAUUGCUGGUUUGUGAUGACUUGCCUGGGACCGGUGGCGUGGGAGGACAGAGCGGGAGCACUGCAGAACUCCGGGGGCCAACGGAGCCCUGGACUGGAGACAUCACGACGGAGAGCACGGGUGGGGGGGAGCCCCCGGGCGGCAGCAGCGGGAUGGGGGUGUGCAGGGCACUGGGCCAGUACUGCGUGGUGAAGGGGUACUGCGUGGCUGCCGUCUUUGGGCCGCUGCUGAUACUGGUGGCCACCGUCCACUUUGUGACCAGGGACAAAGCCACCAGGCUGGGGGGUGAGGUCCCCAUGGGACCAAGAACAGGGUUUAGCCCCCCCAACAUCACCAUACCGCAGCAGCCGUCCCCAUGGCAGUGAUGAGCCCAGAUUCGGGCCCCAGGAACGGUGGCUCCCCUGCCUCAGUUUCCCCAGGUGGAGAAAGCCAAGAUUGCUCUAAUAAAAGCCCCUCAAAGAUGCAAAGUGAAGCCCAGUUGCCUUUUCUGUUGCACAAGCAGGUGCUGCAAAAUGCAGCAAAUCCUCUGCCUCCCAGAGGCCACCCAAGCCCAUGGGGGGCCCAAGAGCCCCCCCAGCACCCAGCAGGACCAAAAGACGUUCCGGCACAGCCCCU